AUGAGAGCACAGUGGGAAGCAGCGCAGGCGGGACUGCGUGUCUUCUUGGAGGAAGAUGGCGAAUAUGCAAACUUCCUGGAGAGUAUCGAGAAAAAUUUGGCGCGGAAGCUGCGCUUCGAAUAUCAAUCACGAGGUGGAUCUCAUGUGGAGAGCGUCGCCUUCGACCGGUUCUUAGAGGUCGCCGCGCAGAUCUGGCACAUUCACGCGUUCUUCCAGUCAAAGCUGAGGGCAAUUGCCGAGCCUUUGGCACGUGGACCUGCAGGCUCAGUCGAGGAAAAAUGCAACAGCUUUGUGGAGAUUCUGGCGGAUAUGCUGAGCCUCCUCCGCAUGCAAUACGGGCAACUCUUUUGUCGACGUGAAGCCACUCAAGCUGCAUUCGACGCAGCUUUAGCUAACAACAUAAGAGAAUGGGACGGUAAGGUGCUGGAAAAGUAUCUGGCGAAGCAGCAGCUGACUGCAGACAAGCUGGUGGAUCGGCCAUUGCAGCGAUUCGAGGAACUGGUAGAGUUUGUUGAGGCGCUGAGUAAGACUCUCUCCGAAGAUGGCAUUGAUGGAGCUCUAAGCAAUGACAGUGAUAUGGGUACUGAAGAGAAACUCAACUAUGCUCCCCAACUGAUGCAUAUCGUCCAAGAAACCAAGCACUACAUUCACCUGGUCAAGGCAAAUGCACGCGAGGAGAAAGAAUUAAUAUCGCUUCAAAGCUGCUUCUACGGCGACGGAGCUGAGGCUUUCCAUGAUUUGUCGGACAAUAAGCUGCUUCUUCACGGUGAAGUCUUCUUGUCGCAAAGCGAUCGGAGUGGAGCUGAUUCAGAGACUGCAACAAGUAUUACUGGUUCAUUCUCCCAGCCAGAAGAUCUUUACCUUCAUUGCUUUCAGGAUGGCACGUUAGUUUGCAGCAAACGACAGUGCUCUGAGUCAGGAUCUGCGUUUACCAUCCUGCGCCGUCUACAUCUCAAGCAGGACGCGGCCUUUCUGGAGUUUGUUCCGUCAAUUGUGCCGAUACAUGAAUCUUUAGAAGAAACGUGUGCUUUGGCACUGAUUCUGCAAGACACAACACUCGUCUUUUCCUGGAGAGACGCAUCGGAGUAUCAGCAAUGGUCUGAUACUAUUGGGGGAUUUCUGGAAAUGAAUGGAUCACGGGCUGAAAAUCUUCACCAAGGCCGAUCGAUUGAUGCUCUGCCAGUACCUGAAGAUAUUUCAGCGCAGCUUGUAGAGACCGAUACCAUACCGACCAAAUUUGCCUCGUUUUAUGACGAUCAUCUUCCUGGCGUCUUCUGGAUGAUGAUUGAUGACGCCAGCAAGUCACGUUGGGAAUUGGUCGAAAUUGUCUUCUAUGUUAGAUGGCUGGUAGUUUUCAAGCUCGACGGAUGGAAAAGGCACUCAGCUUUAUGUCAAUUUGAUACGCAUGCACCUGAGAUUGAGAUUAGUGAGCAGCCACGAGGAGAUAAAGAGUGGAGCUUGGUCAUUUCGAAUGGAUCUGCUGGCAGUCUGACACUCGUAUCGAAGAAAAGGACUAGAAUUGACUUCUGGUUUGAUCAAGUGUGGAAAGCCAUCGAGAAUGCCCAAGUUGAAACUAGACGAACUGAAAGAGAAAAGAGGGAGCGAAAAGAGAUGGAAGAGGAGGAACAAUCUAUGCGUGUUGAGAGGAAGAAGCGAAAGUUGCAGACGGUAUCUGACAAGGAUGAAAGUGCCGUUGAUGCGACACUAAACUCUUCCUCCAAUGCAAGUCCAGCAGGGUCUAAUAACUCGAAGCCUGAUGAUAAAACGGACGAAGAAUAUGGUGAGCUGGAUAAGAGUACAUCAAGUAUCGUUGUGGCAGAGGAACUUAUCGCAGCACUGCCAGUUAGCAAGAAAUCCCGACGUUUAUCCGACAAACCAAAGCCGAUAUCUGCUGCGGCUUCCGCCGAAAAGGACACUUGUACCUCUUCCAUCGUCUCGCCAGCUGUGACAACUCCGAAGAGAAGAUGGCUGAAGAGGAAGUCUGAGGACCCUGACGACACGGCCUUGAUACCGACGCAACCAAGCUCAAGCAUCCCAACUGAUGAGACUACGAGUGAGAUUGAUACCUUGCAGCUUCCUGCCAACGAAGCAGCUGCUGAGGAGCCGAGGACCCAGGAGGUUCGGAUUAUCCUCACUGGUAUUGAACCUACGGCUGCCAUCCGAAAGAAAAUCGAUUCGAUUGCUGGUGCUCUAUACGAAGAAGACAUUGAGAAGGCAACGCAUAUUCUGGCCCCGAAGAACCAAUUAAAACGAACGGUGAAGCUGCUGUGCGGGAUAUCGCGCAGCUCUCACGUCCUGGACGUGCGGUGGUUGGACGAGUCGGCACGUGUGGGCGCUCCUGUCUACGAGCGAGCUCAUUGCUUGAAGGAUUCGAAAGCUGAAGCGAAGUGGAAGUUCGAUUUGUUAAAAACCAUGUACGACUAUACCCCCGAGCAGCGGCAACAGCUCUUCACUGGACAUCGGGUGUUUAUCACCAACCACAAGUCAGUACUUCCGCCGGUGAAGGACCUGGUGAAGAUCGUUGAGUGCGCCGGUGGAGUUGCUGUGACCAAAGGCAGUGCCGAUCCGAACGACGUGGUCAUCACGAGCGACGCGGCACUGGUCACGGCCUCGGUUCGCAAGGCACUGACGCAGGCGAACCCGCAGCGGAUCUACUCGGCUGAGCUUAUUUUGAGUGGUAUCUUGCAGCAGCACAUUGAUUUUGACCAGAAUCGUCUGGAGCAAUCGGGUGGUGGCAGCAGUCGCCGACGCAGGUAG